CCGUGCAGCCGGGACACGUCAGCUCAGUGAUCGGUGGCGGAGGAUGAGGAUGGUGCCGGGUUGGGAGCGGGCGGUGCGGAUCGCGCUGUGUGUGGCCGGGAUCGGUCUGUCGGUGUACGCCUAUCAUGUAGAGACUUCCCGGGAGAGAGACCCGGAGUACACCGCCCUGUGCGACAUCAACAAUGACAUCAGCUGCUCCAAAGUCUUCACCUCCAGGUGGGGUCGAGGCUUCGGAUUGGUUGAAGGUAUUUUGGGUGCAAAGAGUCUCCUGAAUCAGCCCAAUAGCGUGUUUGGAAUCCUAUUCUACACCCUGCAGAUAGCGCUCGGAUUUGUGUCCUCGGUGGCGGCGGCCUCCACCCUCCUGGUGACGUCCCUGGUCUCCAUCGCGGGCUCCCUCUUCCUGGCCUACGUCCUCUUCUACAUCCUGGAGGACUUCUGCGUCAUCUGCAUCUCCACCUACGUCCUGAACUUCUCCCUGCUGCUGCUGAACGCGGCGCGCCUGCGGUACCUCGCCGCCAAACCUCAGAAGAAGAAGAAGCGCAAGACGCACUGACGGAGGGGGGCGU